CUCUUGAAUCCUGGGUCCUGAUGCUCACCAAGAGCUCCCUACGCAUUUCCCGCUUCGCUGCUCCGUUGCGUGCGACUGGCUGGGGCGGCAGAUUCACUGUUCCGACAGCUCCGCCAUAGUUUUCCUGAAACUCGCCCAGAUACGUCUGAAUUAGACCAUCAACCGAUCUUAUGAGUCAAGCUGUCCACGAAAAUUCGUAUAAUUCUUAAGGCUCGGGAUCCUGCGCGUAUCAUGUUCCUGAUUCUAACUCAUGGACCUUUGCCACCGUCGUAGUUUUAAAGUUUUCGCCCAUUCUUUUUACCCUUACAGGCUGCCUUCCGUUUUGUGACCCUCAAAAGCAAUACCGUACUAAAGCUAGUACCGCCUUUUUUGUAACCCUUACUAUUGGCCUUCCGUCACUGGAAUUAGACGGUAGCCUCCUGCUAGGAUCGUCUUUGUUCCAUCCCUAUUCUCGCCUCAGAAUGUCGGUUCCUAACGAAGGCAUGCUGAUGUCAGCACUGCGUCAGCACCUCCCCGUGGAAUCUGUGAAGCUCCGCAUCGCCCGUGAUUCGCCCGUGGGGCUGGUGGUUGUGGAUGAGGUCAACGGCUUCUGCACUCCGGGCGCGGGGAAUUUGGCACCUCCAGUCAGGGACGAGCAGAUAGAGCACAUGGUUUCACGCACAUCCUCCUUGGCCAGGGACAUGCUGACACGUGGCAUGCCUCUAUUGGCCUUUCUCGACACCCACGAGGCGGAAAAGCCUGAGCCACCGUACCCUCCCCACUGCGUACGGGGGACAGGGGAGGAGAAGCUAGUAGAGGCCUUGGCGUGGCUUGAGAAGGAAGCAAGCCGGGGGGACGAAGCUGCUGCAGCAGCUGCCGAUGGGAGCGUGAGAAGGGGAAGUGUGACUCUAAUGGAGAAGGACUGUAUCAAUGGGUUUGUGGGCGGCAUUCAAGCAGAUGGGACGAAUGUUGUGACACAAUGGGUGAUCAAGAACCAGCUGGAGCAUAUUGUGGUAGUUGGCAUUUGCACAGACAUUUGUGUCAUGGAUUUUGUCCUGACCGCGCUGUCUGCCCGAAACCACGGGUCUUUCGGGCAGCAACUGAAGGAAAUUGUGGUGUUCGCCCCAGCCUGCUCCACAUACAACCUGCCCCGGCCAGUAGCGGAGGGCCUUGGGAGGGGCGCCACUGCAUCACACCCUCAGGAUGCAACGCAUCAUCUCGGUCUCUACUUCAUGCAUUCUAGGGGUGCCAUUAUUGUGGAUGAACUUGCCUUCGAUUGAGGAUGAUGGCAGUGCUUGUACAUAUUUUAUGUGUGAAACAUUAGAUUUUUUGGCAAGUUCCUCUACAUAGGCCGAAGCUGUUGCCCACCUAAGAUUUGAAGCGAAGUUAUGGGUAGUUAUGGGGAGUAUUUACCGAAGUGAGCUGCAUGCGUUUUCUUGCAGUGUACUGUUUAUUCAGCUGAAGUUCGUAAUGACCGCAUCG